AUGCCAAACUGCGCCUCGCCCCAAAGUCCGGCUCGCACGGGCAAAGGGGCCAAGGAAGCAGCGGCAACAACAGCAGCGACUCGUCAUGGUCUGCUCCGGCCGACCAAAGACGAGGAAUCGCAGAAUCACGGUUUCCUCAGUGAAGCCAAACGCUCCCCUUUUCUUCCAGCAUCACACUGUAUCAGAAGAACGACCUCGUCCCAAACGCCGGGUGGAUCGGCACCGACGCAGUCACGUCCGGGGGGAGAGAAGAAGGCCAGGCUCUCCAUCAUCAGCCCGACAAGCCAGCACGAAGCUCCAUCGGUCAUCCCUCUCCAGGCGAACCCCGAUUGGCGUUCCCUCACUGGUGUUGGCGUUGGCGUUGGCGUUGGCGUUGGCGUUGGUGUUGGCGUUGGUGUUGGCAUUGAGGCUACUGACUAG